UACAUUUCCCAGAAGGCUGUAGGUGGUGCAGUGACGUCAGCGGAAAUAGAACACGCGUUCCUUCCGGUUGUGCGUGAGUGCCGAGCGGAGCCGAGACCCAGCGGAGCCUGAAUCCCGAUAAGACAAGAUGGCCGGGCUGCCCCGCAGGAUCAUCAAGGAAACCCAGCGCUUGCUGGCAGAACCAGUCCCUGGGAUAAAAGCAGAGCCAGAUGAGAGCAACGCACGUUAUUUUCAUGUGGUCAUUGCAGGUCCACAGGAUUCCCCCUUUGAGGGUGGGACAUUUAAACUUGAACUAUUCCUUCCAGAAGAAUAUCCAAUGGCAGCUCCUAAAGUACGUUUCAUGACCAAAAUUUAUCACCCUAAUGUAGACAAGUUGGGAAGAAUAUGUUUAGAUAUUUUGAAAGAUAAAUGGUCCCCAGCUUUGCAGAUCCGUACAGUUCUGCUAUCAAUCCAGGCUUUGCUAAGUGCUCCCAAUCCAGAUGAUCCUUUAGCAAAUGAUGUAGCAGAGCAGUGGAAGACCAAUGAAGCCCAAGCCAUAGAAACAGUUGCCCCUGCUCCCACCCACCCCCAACCCAGGAAUGUUUUCUGAUCUCUAAGCUUUCUGUGGUGAGUCUGAACUGUAUAAAUGACAGCCUGCAGUGGGAAUGCAUGUCUUGCAAUUCACGGUGAUGGUUAUGUAGCCCGUUGGUAUUCUCUGCCUCCCACACUCCUAUUCUAGUGUCAUCUGGAGUUUCUAUAGAAUGUGGUGUAUUUAUUGUGCUCUUAUGUAAGAUGAAGAUUAUCUAUUAAAGUUACAUUUUCAACAUACAAAUGCUUUCAGUGACUGGUAACUGGUAUUGUCCCUCAAAGUGCACUGCAUAGUAACAUUAUAAAACUUGGUUCAGAAUGAUCUAGUUCAGCACAAGAUUAAGACACUUAAAGAUGGAUUUAAAGUUAGAUUUCCUUAUUGGAUGGAGUUUCUCACGUCUGUGGCUUGCAGCAGAACUUCAGUCUUCAGGUUGAGUAGCCAGGCCUCUUUACUGUUACUAACAAAUCAGGUUUUUUGUUAUUGAGAUGAACAUUUGUGCAGUUUAGUUGGUGUAGUUCUCUUGCGUGUCAUUAUUUGGGUGACUAAUUAACUGAGCAUACAUGUACCCUUAAUUGUACGGUAACUGAUUUUUAACAUGGUAGAUGGCUCUUCUGAAUUCUUCUAAAAUAAAUCUAGCUAAAGAUACACUUAAAAAAACCCCAAACCUUUAAUACUAUUACUGUUCACAUUUACCAAUUAAUGCCUUUAUUAGCAUACUCUGUAAUUGAAUGGAAAAAGUACUCCUCCAAUGAAGCCAGGGUAAAGGAAAGGGGAGUGCAGUAAAUUUCAUCGUGUGCAUAGAGAAGCCAAUGCAUCCCAGGGUUUUGAAGGAGCUAAUUCUGGAAUGUAGCUGAGAGGGCCACUGGUUGGGUGUUGAAUCGCUUCCCAAUCUACUUUUUCUCAGUACUGUUGGACAAUGUAAAUGUGUGGGGUAAAUAGCUGUGAGAUGUCUACAGAUUUCAGUUGCUUUGAAGGACGUGCCCUUAAAUGCUUAUUUUUAAAACAAGUGUGGAUUCUAAAAACUUCUCAUGGCAUAACUUCAGUGAUAUGCACUCUGAUUGUAAGAAUCCUUCAGUGUGGACUUCAAGUCCAAAAUAAAUUAAAGCAAAGUAGGAUCUAUGAAAAUAUAAUUUUAUAUUACAAUAGUCACUUAACAUCUGAAUCUCGUGCUUUUAAUGAAGCUUAACAUGGAAUGUCAGAUGUUUUCUGCCUUGCAUCAAGUGAUGCUUGCAGAUAUAUUUGACUUCCUGACUCCUAUCUGAGAAUGUUUGAAGUUCUGAGCUCAUCUGUAUAGUUGCCUGAAUUAUCUGAAAUGAGAUUAAUGGAAUUUUUCAAAUGCUGAUUAGAGAUGCCCCACUAUGUUCUGUUAUCUAAUGCUCAUUCCAUGACCUCUAAAAUUAAAAUUUGCCACAAGUACAAAUGUGGUUGCCUUACCAUGAGUACUAGUUAGAAUUUUUAACCUUUACAGAAGAAUUAUAGUAUUUCCAUGUAUAGCUUUCCUUCAAUGCUAUUGGUGCUAAGAGCUAACUGGCCUGAAAGCCUAAACAAGAGUUGAAGCUAUAUUUUACAUAUUAGUUUAUGGAUGAUGAUUGUGUAGGUAGAAGGCAUACAUUGUAAACCAGACCCUAAAUUUUUUUUUUUUUUUUUUUUGCAAUAACUAAUCUAGGUCAAGGAAAUACACUGGAAGGUCCUUUUUUCUUGCAUUUAACAUUCUGAAAUCUGAACUGUCUUUUAAACAUUUAGCCAUGAUUUUACAUGGAAAUGAGGUUGUGUAUAAAUCACUUAGAACUGAUAGACUAAAUGUCUUUGGAUAUUAGAUGACUUCUGUAGCCUAAACCAGUGAAGUGUUGCUUCUAUAGCUUUCAAGAAAGCGUAUCUCCAACACAUUAUGGUUACUGUAAAACAUCUUGAUGGAAUAGUAAAAUCAAAAGUUGUGAAAUUUCCCUCAAUUUGUGUGUGUUCCUACUUGGAAUUAUGUUGAGGGUUACUUUAAAAUAAAAUGUCUAUGUUAUAAACAGAACCUGUCAUGACUGUAAUGUAAUAGACACUUGAAAUAAAAGGAAGUGAUUAUUCAUUGCAUAUACAUUGAGCAUCAUUUUACAAAAAGUGGUCCCUUUUGUAGUAUGACCAUAGUCUUUAAUGUCUGUGCAAAAUAAAAUAAACUUUGACAAAUUUUUAA